CGGCAGGUGCUGUAGGCGGGCAACGGCAUUUGUCGAGGACCCUUCCCGCGCUCUUCGUUUUGACUCCUGGAGGGGAAGAAGGCGGAAGGCGGUCUUGGCGGGAAGGAAGACGGAAUUCGCCGUUCGUUGCCGCUCUCGGUGAGACAGAGGAGGGAAUCAAGGCGCUGUUCAUUGCGGCUCUCGGCGGGAAGAAAAAGGCGGGAUAACCCUUUCCGGGCUCUUCGUUUUGACUCCUGGAGGGAAAGAAUGCGGAAUCCGGUCUUAGCGGGAAGGAAGACGGAAUCCGCCGUUAGUUGCCGCUCUCGGUAAGACCGAGGACGGAAUCAAGGCGCUGUUGAUUGCGGCUCUCGGCGGGAAGAAAAAGGCGGGAUAGAACAGAGUCGUGCUGAAAGUUGCGGCUCUGGGGCGACACAGAAAGAGACACACACAGAGAGAGAGAGAGAGAGAGAGAGAGAGAGAGAGAGAGAGAGAGAGAGAGAGAGGCUCUGGGGCGACACAGAGAGAGAGAGAGAGAGAGAGAGAGAGAGAGAGAGAGAGAGAGAGAGAGGAGAGAGAGAAUACGAAAAUGGCUUACGCAGGUGCUAAGUACGCAGAUGAGUUGAUCGCUACGGCGAACAAGAUCGCUACUCCCGGUAAAGGUAUCUUGGCGGCUGAUGAGAGCACGGGGACGAUUGGCAAGAGGUUGGCGAGCAUAAAUGUGGAAAACGUGGAGUCUAACAGGAGAGCACUAAGGGAGCUGUUGUUCACCGCUCCUGGUGCUUUGGAUCACAUCAGCGGUGUCAUCUUGUUCGAGGAGACGCUGUUCCAGAAAUCCGCGGCCGGCAAGCCCUUCGUUGAUAUCUUGAAGGAAGCGGGUGUGGUGCCCGGCAUCAAGGUGGACACCGGUGUUGCCCCACUUGCUGGUACCAACGGCGAGACUACCACCCAAGGCCACGAUGGACUGAGUGCCAGGUGUGCUAAGUACUACCAGCAGGGCGCUCGCUUCGCCAAGUGGCGUGCUGUGCUGAAGAUCGGCGAUGGAUGUCCUUCUCCUUUGGCCAUCCAGUCCAACGCCGAGGGGUUGGCCCGUUACGCGUCUAUCUGCCAGGAGAACGGUUUGGUGCCAAUCGUAGAGCCCGAGAUCUUGAUGGACGGUGCGCAUGACAUAGAGACGUGCGCCGCUGCGACGGAGAAGGUGCUGGCCGCCGUGUACAAGUCUCUCAACGACCACCAUGUGUUGUUGUUGGAGGGCACGCUGCUGAAGCCUAACAUGGUGAUGCCAGGAACGGAGGCGGCGGCCAAGGCGCCGCCGGAGGUGGUGGCAAAGUACACGGUUCGAACCCUGCAACGGACAGUUCCCGUCGCCGUACCGGGGAUUAUGUUCCUGUCGGGCGGGCAGAGCGAGGAGGAGGCGACGCUCAACCUCAACGCGAUAAACGGGUUGGCGACGAAGAAGCCAUGGACGCUGUCCUUUUCGUAUGGAAGGGCUCUGCAGGCGAGCACGCUCAAGACUUGGGCCGGCAAGACAGAGAACGUCGAGGAGGCGCAGAAGGUCUUCCGUGAUCGCGCCAAAGCUAACGGGGAGGCCACUCUUGGCAAGUAUAUUGGUGAUGCCGGCGGGCGGACAGCAUCCGAGAGCUUGCACGUGAAAGAUUACAAGUACUAAGAGAGAGAGAGAGAGAGAGAGAGAGAGAGAGAGAGAGAGAGAGAGAGAGAGAGGCUUGCGUUUGUUACUGAAUGCAGCAUGUGAGCCUGCUUUGAUCGAUGGUCGCCAGCGAGCAUGUUGACCAUAGAAUUGGCUAUGUGUGUGUGUGUGUGUGUGUGUGAGAGAGAGAGAGAGAGAGAGAGAGAGAGAGAGAGAGAGAGAGAGAGAGAGAGAGAGAGAGAGGCUUGCGUUUUGCUACUAAAUGCAGCAUGUGAGCCUGCUUUGAUCGAUGGUCGCCAGCGAGCAUGUUGAUCAUAGAAUUGGCUGCUCUUGAGAGAGAGAGAGAGAGAGAGAGAGAGAGAGAGAGAGAGAGAGAGAGAGAGAGAGAGGCUUGCCCUCUGCUAUUGAAUGCAGCAAGUGGGCCUGCUUUGAUCGAUGGUCGCCAGCGAGCAUGUUGACCAUAGAAUUGACUGCUCUUGAGAUAGACCGUCUUCCCCCGAAUAUAACGAACGUAUCUGUGCAGUCUAUUCGGGUGAAUAGCGCACGUAUCUAGACUGAAAAUUGGCCCGAAGUACAGUGCGGUCUGUUUGGGUGAAGACAUUAGGAUGGCGAGAGGGAGUUGUAUGAUUGUAUCCGACUUCAAGUCGACGAUAUGUUAGAGCGCAACGACCUCCACCUGUUGCACGUUCUUGACAAGCUGAUACAUGUUUGUUCUUUUGGCAAUUCAUCUUGUUACUCUUUACGGACUCCAAUCAUGUAGUUCGUAAUCUGGAUUCAAAUGAUGUGGUUCGCGUAAUCAAAUCACGUAGUCUGGAUUCAAAUCUCACGUAGUUUAGUAAUUUGUAAUCAAAACGUUCUUGACAAGCUGAUGCAUGGUAGUUUUUUUGACAUUCAUCUUGUUACUCUUCCGGAUUGCAAUCAUGUAGUUCGUCAUCUGGAUUCCAAUGGUGUGGUUCGCGUAAUCAAAUAAUGUAGUCUGGAUUCAAAUCUCACGUAGUUUAGUGAUUUGUAAUCAAAACGUUCUUGACAAGCUGAUGCAUGGUAGUUUUUUUUACAAUUCAUUUUGUUACUCUUCCGGACUCCAAUCAUGUAGUUCGUCAUCUGGAUUCCAAUGGUGUGGUUCGCUUAAUCAAAUCAUGUAGUCUGGAUUCAAAUCUCACGUAGUUUAGUAAUUUGUAAUCGGAACCACGUGAUCUGUAAUCAAAUCAUGCAGUCUUG